UUUACUUCCUUUUUAAUUCUCAUUACUCUCUUGCUAAUAUACCUCCAAUAUUGCAAACAUAUUAAUUUAUCCUAAUUCUUUCUCCCUCUUACCCAUACUCCAAAUUAAUAUUAACCCUAUCUUUUAUCAUAUAUUCACAAACUCUUUUAUUACCUUUGCCAAUAUCCUCUAUCUUCUUAACUUUGACAUUUACUCGAAAAUAUUGUUAUACUCAUCUUUGUUGAAGAAUCAAAGCAUGGAUCAUUUUGGUAAUUUAAUAAAAGAAGAGUUUGAUGGAUCAUUUUUGAUGCCUCAACCAAAGGAGUGUCUUCAUGAGAAUGGACCUCCACCAUUUCUUACAAAAACAUAUGAACUUGUGGAUGAUCCAAGUAACAACGACGUCGUUUCUUGGAGUAGAGGUUACAAUAGUUUCAUAGUAUGGGAUCCCCAGAAUUUGGCCAUUAAUUUUCUACCAAGGUAUUUCAAGCAUAACAAUUUCUCAAGCUUUGUCAGGCAGCUCAAUACUUAUGGAUUUAGGAAAGUAAAUCCAGACCAUUGGGAAUUUGCUAAUGAAGGUUUUUUGAGAGGGAAAAAGCAUCUCUUGAGAACAAUAAGGAGAAGAAAACCAAGUAAUUUCAUCAAGUCUUCAUCAUCAAUUAAUAAUCAAGGUAUGGAUUCUUCUUCAUCAUCAUCAUCAUCAUGUGUUGAGUUGGGAAGGUUUGGAUCAUUUGAUGGAGAAAUCGAUGAAUUAAGACGCGACAAGCAGGUUCUCAUGAUUGAACUUGUUAAACUUAAACAGCAUCAAAAGGCUACUAAAUCACAACUUCAAGCUAUGGAACAAAAGCUUCAAGGGACAGAAAUCAAACAGGAGCAAAUAAUGAGUUUUUUGGCUAAAGCAUUACAUAAUCCAAAUUUUGUGGAGCAAAUAAUGCAACAAAAUGAUAAAAGGAAACAACUUGAAGAAGCAAUGAAGAAGAAGAGAAGGAGGCCAAUUGAUUAUCAUGAAGCUGGUCCUAGUAAUAUAAUUAAGUUAGAACCUCAAGAUCAUGAUAUUAUUAAUAAUGAAUUUGAUGAUGAUUUACAAGUGGCUAUGAACAUGUCACAUGGGAACACAUUAAUCAAUUUGGAAGAAGAAAAUAAUGAAGGAUUUUGGGAGGAUAUGCUGAAUGAGAAUAGUAAUGUUGAAGAUGAGAUUAUGGCUUUGCUUGGUGUUAAUAAUGAACAAGAAGAUGAACAACUUCAUGUGGAUGUUUUCUCUGAUUAAUUAAUUACUUGAAUAAAUUAACAACAGCCAAUUUCUCUGGCUCAUCAUGAUUUAAUUUUAUGGAGUGUGUUACUUGUUGAUUAAUUUGAGUUCGUACAUUUACUUAAGGUUCAAUGUUCUCUAUUUAUAUUUUAUUUCAUA